AUGGGAUCAAGAUUGGAGAGUUGGGGAACCUUUCAAAUCUUCGAGGAACACUGUCCUAAAAAGUUAGAGAAUGUUAUGAAUGCUAAGGAUGCCUAUGAGGCCAAGUUAAAGGAUAAGAAGUACCUUGUGGAGUUAGACUUGGAAUGGGGUUAUGGAAAAACUGAUGAUACAAAAUGUGAAAGAAAUGUACUUGAGAAGCUCGUGCCUCACACAAAUUUGAAAAAGUUUCAAAUCCAUAAUUAUGGUGGCACGAGAUUUCCAGAUUGGUUAGGUGAUGAAUCAUUCUGCAAUAUUGUAUCUGUAAGCCUUUACAACUGUAAAAAUUGCUGUGUCUUGCCACCCCUUGGGCAAUUACCUUCCUUGAAACACCUUUCGAUUGAAGGUUUUGAUGAAGUAGUGGCUGUUGGUCCUGAGUUUUAUGGGAACAGUUCUCUUGUGACUCAACCCUUUCAAUCUCUGGAAAUAUUAAAGUUUAGUUGGAUGUCUGCUUGGGAAGAAUGGAGUUCUAUUGGAGUUGAAGAUGAAUGCAGAGCUUUCCCUCGUCUGCAAGAGCUUCACUUGGAGUCCUGUCAAAGCCUAAUCAGGAGUUUGCCCAAGAAGCUUCCUUCUUUGAGGAAACUUGUGAUAGAAUACUGCGAGCAGCUUGCUUCUCCGCUCCCCAAAGCUCCAGCCAUCCGUGAAUUAGAGCUGUUCAAAUGUGAUAUUGUAGUGUUGCAUGAGCUGCCAUGCACGCUGCACUCACUUAAAAUCAAAGGAUGUCAGGUUGUUGUUCAGUUGUUUUUGGAGAUGGUGAAAGUCCAAGAAAGCCCUCGACGUUUGGAUAUUUCUGAUUGUUCUUCUUUGACAUCAUUUCCUGGAAGUUGUCUACCAACUGCAUUGAGCUUCCUAAGUAUAAAAAAUUGUGAGAAGUUAGAAUUUCCGGUGCAGCAUUAUCACACAUCACUUAAACAUUUGUUGAUAGUAGAUAGCUGUGAUUCACUCAGGUAUUUUCCAUUAGAUUUCUUCCCUAAUCUCAACAGUCUCACCAUUGUGAGGAAUAAAAGCUUCAGAUUCUUUACACUGUCAGAGGGACCAUGCAAGGUUAUUGCGUCUAUCAAUUACUUGAAAAUCCGGGGUUGCCCAAAGUUCAUCUCUUUUCCCAGAGGACUAUCUGCAGCCAACCUGACUGAUCUUUGGGUUGAGGAGUGUGAGAACUUGACAUCACUACCAGAAGGAAUGCGCAUCAUUCUCCCAUCCUUAAGAGAAUUGAGGAUUUCUGGUUGUCCAAAAGUUGAGUCUUUUCCUGAGGGGGGUUUGCCCUCUUGUUUGUCUUCACUUUACAUUGGAGGUUGCAACAAAGUCAUUGCUCACCGGCAGGAGUGGCAUUUGCAAAGUCUCCCUUUGCUUACAAGUUUUGGAAUCUUCGAUGAAAGUGAAAACUUGAAGUCCUUUCCAGAGGAGGAGCUGCUGCCCUCUACUCUUACUUACCUGUCCAUGUUUGGACUUUCAUGCCUCAAAAUCUUGGAUGGAAGGGGGCUUCUACACCUCACCUCUCUCACAACAUUAGCCGUCAGUGGGUGCACUGAGCUCCAAGCAAUACCAGAAGAAGGGCUACCUCUUUCUCUUGUUGAUCUCAUUAUUCGAAGAUGUCCUUUGCUGAGAGAACAGUGCCAGAGGGAGAAGGGGGAAGAUUGGCCCAAGAUUGCUCACAUCUCCUGCAUACAGAUGGAUGACAACUGUACUGCUUAA